AUUGAGAAGAGACUGAAGAAUCACAAAGUACAGAGACAUGACAAUCUGCAGCCCGUCGGGUAUGGAGACCAUAUCGAAUCUGCUCUGAAGGCUUUCAAACAAACAGCCGAAGGAGUGAAGCCAGGUAAGAAACUCUGGGCGUUUCCAGCCUCCAGCAGCUUCAGACUGAAGGUAUAAACGAAGCGUCGGCGGUUCAGCCAGCAGAUCGUCUCUCUGGUCCAACAACCGGCAGGUUUCCGUCUGCAGCUCUUCCUGUUCGACUCCACCUGAUGAAGAUUGGCUGAAUGAAAUCUUUGAACGAUGCAGAACGUCUCUUCACAGCAGCACUUUAUCCUGAACGGUUUUGCAGAACUGGGCGACCUGAGGCCGGUCCUCUUCGUCCCGUUCCUCCUCAUGUUCAUCGUGGCUCUGCUGGCCAACUCCCUGCUGGUUUAUGUUGUCGUUUCUCAGAGGAGCCUUCAUCAGCCAAUGAGCAUCCUCAUCGCCGGCAUGGCUUGUGUUGACCUCUGCCUCCCGGUGUUCUUUGUUCCCAACAUGUUGCUCAGCUUCCUGUUUGACUGGAAGGGAAUCUCUCUGAUUGGCUGCCUGGUUCAGAUGCACUUCAUUCACUUCUUUGGAACGUUUCAGUCCACCUUGCUGGUGUGGAUGGCUCUGGAUCGAUACUUUGCCAUUUGUACGCCACUCCACUACCAUGAACUGAUGGCGCUGCAGAGAUUCCUGAAGUUUAUCGUCCCGCUGGUUGUCAGAAACAUGCUGCUCAUCUCUCUGUUUGUGAGUUUGGCAGGAAAGCUGUCGUUCUGCAGGAAUGUGAUGAACCACUGUUUCUGUGAGCACAUGGCCUUGGUGGAGCUGGCCUGUGGAUCCACCGCCAUCAACAACCUGGCUGGACUGAUGGCUAUUUUCUUCAUUCCUGUCUUUGACUUCUUUGUCAUCGCUGCUUCUUACGUUGCGAUAUUCAGCUCUGUGUUGAGGUCCAGCAGCUCCGGUGUGAAAGCACUGCACACCUGCAUCACUCACAUCAUGGUCCUCACCUUCAGUCUGACCUUGGCUCUCAUUGCUUUCCUGUCAUAUCGAGUUAAAAGCGGAUUCCCUGCAGCCGUCCGAGUUUUCUUCAGCACCAUGUACUUGUUGUUCCCGAGCUGCUUCAACCCGAUCAUCUACGGCGUCAGAACCACUGAGAUCAGGCAGCACAUUCUGAACACACUGACGCACUGGAAACGAUUCGUCCAGGUCCUUCCCUACCAUUAGAAACCACUUCCACCUCCAGCUGUCUCUAUUCCUGUCACAAUAACAAA